AUUUGUCAAGGUUCAAGUCUAUCAAAUGUGGGCACUGGGCAGUCCAGUGCGAAAAUUGCGAAAAGCUUUUCUCCUCCACCCUGCUAGAUCACGGUGAAACAAACCAAUCAACAAACACUGUCAUUGCCCGCGAACACCUUUCCAUUGUUAAUUUUUCAUCCCGCACACGGAUCACAGGCCAACUUGCUUGAAUAUGGCGAAGAAUUACGUGAGAGAUAACGUGUCUUUAUCCAGAUUCGGCGUGCUGGUGGCGCAGCUGGAAUCUAUAGUGGCUUCAGCAGCCCACAAGCCACCAGACCCACUUCUCUGCUUCGACCUUUUAUCCGAUCUCGUCUCCGCUAUUGAUGAGGAGCCCAAGGAAUCUAUAUUGCUGUGGCAAAGGAAAUGCGAGGACACACUUUAUUCUCUACUGGUGCUGGGUGCUCGAAGGCCAGUACGGCAUUUGGCAUCAGUGGCGAUGGCGAAGAUUAUACUAAAGGGGGAUGCCAUUUCGAUAUACUCCAGAGCUAGCACCCUUCAAGGAUUUCUAUCUGAUGGCAAGAAGAGCGAGCCUCAGAGAGUUGCUGGUGCUGCACAAUGCUUGGGAGAAUUGUAUCGCUAUUUUGGGAGACGGAUUACGUCUGGAUUACUUGAAACAACUAGCAUUGUUGCAAAGCUGCUAAAAUUUAAUGAGGAUUUUGUGAGAGAAGAAGCUUUGCACAUGCUUCGCAAUGCUUUAGAAGGUUCUGGUGGGAAUGCUGCUUCUUCUGCUUAUAUGGAGGCAUUCCGUGUCAUUACGAGGAUAGGAGUUGGUGAUAAAUAUUUUACUGUUAGAAUAGCUGCUGCAAGAUGUCUGAAGGCCUUUGCAGAUGUUGGAGGACCGGGGUUAGGGAAUGGGGAACUCGAGAAUUGUUUGGCUUAUUGUGUCAAGGCCCUUGAGGAUCCAGUGAAAUCUGUGAGGGAUGCUUUUGCUGAGACAUUGGGAGUGUUGCUUGCUCUUGGAAUGAAUCCUAUUGAUUUUUAUAUGGAUUACCUUGGUAUUGUUGUUGUACAAGUUUUCUCUUCUUUUAAGCUUGAGAUUCAUCUUUGUCAAGGGCAGAUUGCUAGUGGGCUUCGCUCGAAGGACCUGCGGAUUGGCGUUACCUUAUCAUGGGUUUGCUUUUUACAGACUAUGUGUUUGAAAUAUCUUCGCCCAGAUGGUGAGCUUCAAGACUGUGCUCUCCAGGUCAUGGACAUGCUUCGUUCGGAUACAUCUGUUGAUGCUCAAGCACUGGCUUGUGUUUUAUACGUUCUGCGAGUAGGUGUAACCGAUCAGAUGAGCGAACCUACUCAGAGAGGCUUUUUAGUUUUUCUUGGCAAGCAGCUCCAGUCUUCUGAUUCCUCCCCUUCUAUGCGGGUUGCAGCUUUACGUACUCUAGCAUAUGUGUUGAAAACAUUGGGAGAGGUUCCACUUGAAUUCAAGGAAGUUCUUGAUGACACAGUUGUUGCAGCACUUUCCAAUAAUUCACAACUGGUACGGCAUGAGGCUGCAUUGACACUUCGUGCAUUGGCCGAGGUUGAUCCCUCCUCUGUUGGUGGCUUAAUUUCUUAUGCAGUGACAAUGCUUAGUGCAGCGAGGGAAAAUGUGUCCUUUGAGAAGGGAUCUAAUUUGAAAUGGGAACUUGAUACUCUGCAUGGACAAGCUGCAGUUUUGGCAGCACUAGUGUCUAUUUCACCGAAGUUACCUCUUGGGUAUCCAACAAGAUUGCCCGCAUCCAUACUUCAAGUUUCCAAGAACCUACUGACAGAAUCUAGUAGGAAUCCUGUAGCAGCUGUUGUAGAAAAAGAAACUGGAUGGAUACUUCUGUCUUCACUGCUGGCUUCUAUGUCGAAGGAGGAGCUUGAGGACCAAGUCUUUGAUAUUCUAUCUUUAUGGGCUUCUGCAUUUGGUGGGAAUCCAGAACACCACAUCAAUCAAGCACAAGAUCUGGCAUCAAAUAUAAGUGUGUGGUCUGCUGCCAUCGAUGCACUUGCGUCAUUUGUAAAGUGUUUUGUUUCUUCUGAUGCUGAUAACAAGGGAAUUUUACUUCAACCAGUGUUACUAUACCUUAACAGGGCCUUGUCGUAUAUUUCAAUACUAGCAGGCAAAGAACAACCAAAUAUAAAACCUGCAAUGAAUGUAUUCAUCAUCAAGCUGUUGUUAACAUAUGAAGCCCUUUCAGAUCCAUCUUCAUACAGAAUUGACCAUGCGCAUAUUAUUCAGAUAUGUACAACUCCUUUUAGGGAACCUUCGAGAUUUGAGGAAAGCUCCUGUUUGAAGUUGUUGUUAGACAAGAGAGAUGCAUGGUUGGGACCUUGGACUCCUGGAAGGGACUGGUUUGAAGAUGAACUUCGUUCAUUUCAAGGGGGAAAAGAUGGCUUAUUCACUUGUGUUUGGGAGAAUGAGCCUUCUAGUUUUCCUCAGCCCGAGACUAUUAGCAAGAUGUUGGUGAAUCAGAUGCUCCUUUGCUUUGGUACCAUGUUUGCUUCUCAGGAUAGUGGUGGGAUGCUGUCGCUUCUUGGCAUGAUUGAACAGUGUCUGAAAAAUGGAAAGAAACAAGCUUGGCAUGCAGCCAGUGUCAGUAAUAUAUGUGUGGGGUUACUGGCUGGAUUGAAGAAUUUACUCUCCCACCAUCACGAGCCCCUUGGGAUGGAGAUAUUGACUGCCGCUCAGGCUAUUUUUCAGAGUAUUCUAGCCGAAGGUGACAUUUGUGCAUCGCAACGCAGAGCAUCAGCAGAAGGGCUUGGCUUAUUGGCGAGGCUCGGAAAUGAUGUAUUUACUGCCAGACUGAUGAAACUUCUUCUUGGCGAUGUUGGUGGGAUUGUGGACUCAUUCCAUGCCGGUUCAAUUGCUCUUGCACUUGGCUGUAUUCAUCGCAGUGCAGGAGGAAUGGCUUUAUCAAGUUUAGUGCCCACUACUGUGAACUCGCUAUCUUCGCUUGCUAAAAGUUCAAUAGCUAGUUUAAGGAUUUGGUCCUUGCAUGGCCUUCUUUUGACCAUUGAAGCUGCUGGUUUGUCCUAUGUAUCUCAUGUUCAGGCCACACUUGGCCUUGGUAUGGAUAUUCUCUUGUCAGAGGAGAGUGCCUGGGUUGACCUGCAGCAGGGUGUGGGCCGUCUUAUUAAUGCUAUUGUUGCUGUUCUUGGUCCUGAACUUGUGCCCGGUAGCAUUUUUUUCUCACGCUGCAAGUCUGUUGUUGCAGAGAUCAGAUCAUGCCAAGAAACAGCUACACUUACUGAGUGCGUCCGUUUUACGCAACAACUAGUUCUUUUUGCUCCCCAGGCAGUUUCUGUGCAUUCCCAUGUGCUAACUCUUCUCCCGACUCUAUCCUCAAGACAGCCAACUCUGAGACAUCUAGCUUUGUCCACUCUACGACAUCUUAUAGAGAAGGAUCCGGUUUCCAUGAUCGAUGAACAGGUAGAAGAAACAUUGUUCCAUAUGCUUGAUGAGGAAACCGAUUCAGAGAUUGGUAAUUUAGCACGUACCACGAUCGUGCGAUUGCUAUAUGCAUCAUGCCCGUCUUGCCCAUCUCACUGGAUGUCAAUAUGUCGAAACAUGAUUCUUUCUACUUCGUUAAGAAGAGAUGCCGGCAGUAGCAAAUAUUUGGAGAAUGAUUCUUCAAGUGGUCUAGAUGGUGAGAAAAGGUUGAAUUUUGGAGAUGAUGAUGAAAACAUGGUUUCUAGCUCCGAAGGUCCACCAGUUCAGGGUUACACUCUCGACUAUUCUGGUUUGAACUUUUCAAGAGAUAAGCACCUCAGAUAUCGCACGAGAGUUUUUGCUGCUGAGUGCUUAAACCAUCUUCCUGGAGCAGUUGGAGAAAAUCCUGCUCACUUUGACCUCUCUUUGGCAAGACAACAACCUGCUAAGGGACCAUUUUCUGGAGAUUGGCUGGUUCUUCAAUUGCAAGAACUCAUUUCUAUUGCAUAUCAGAUAAGUACGAUUCAAUUUGAGAACAUGCGGCCUAUUGGUGUUUCGCUUUUAUGCACCAUUAUGGACAAGUUUGCUGCAAUACCAGACCCUGAGCUACCUGAUCACCUCCUCCUGGAACAGUAUCAGGCCCAACUGGUAUCUGCGGUUCGGACUGCAUUGGACUUGUUGUCAGGACCAACCCUUUUGGAAGCAGGCCUACUGCUAGCUACUAAGAUAUUCACGAGUGGAAUUAUUAGUCGAGAUCAAGUUGCAGUCAAGAGAAUAUUUUCAUUGAUUUCGCGUCCACUAGAUGACUUCAAUGACCUAUACUAUCCUUCAUUUGCUGAAUGGGUCUCAUGCAAGAUCAAAAUAAGGCUUCUGACUGCCCAUGCCUCACUCAAAUGUUACACAUAUGCUUUCCUAAGAAGACAAGGAGAUGAGAUAUCUGAUGAGAUUAUAGCACUGCUACCUUUAUUUUCUAAAAACUCGAGUACACUGGGAAUUUAUUGGCUUGCUCUUUUGAAGGAUUACAGCUAUGUUCGCUUCCGCCUGUAUUCUAGGAAAAAUUGGAAACCAUUUCUUGAUGGAAUUCAAUCAUCAGUAGUUUUAGCUAAGUUGCAGCCAUGUUUAGAAGAGGCCUGGCCAUUGAUUCUGCAAGCACUGGCACUGGAUGCAUUUCCCGCAAAUUUGGAUGUGAAUGGAUCUUCCACAAGUUAUGAUAGACUAAAAAAUAUCUCCACUUCUGGAUACAGCAUGGUUGAGUUGGGAUUGGCUGAAUUUCAAUUUCUGUGGGGUUUCUCCCUACUAGUUCUAUUUCAGGAGCAAGAUAUGACUCGUGGUGAACGUAUAAUACCAGCGAGCUUUAUAAAAUCCAAAUUCGGCAGCGACAUCCUUGUUGAAGAUGCAAAUUCUCUGUCUUCAGAGUUAUAUAACGUUUUAUUAUCUGUAUUUCAAUUUAUGUCCACCGAAAGAUUUUUCACUGCAGGAUUUCUCACUUUGGAUGCUUGCAAAGAAUUAUUACAGGUCUUUUCAUAUUCCAUUUUCAUGGAAGAUACAUGCUAUAGUUUUUCAGUCUCUGUCUUGUCGCAGAUUGUGCACAACUGCCCCAAGGAUUUCCUUGAAGUAGAGAAUUUUUCAUAUUUGGCAUCUGAACUGUGUUUGACUUUUCUUUUUAAAUUCUUCCAAAGUGAUGUAAAUUCUCAAUACUCUUCAAAUUGGGAGAAGACGAUUUCCGUCCUGCUUGACAUAGCAGAAACUUUAUUGGAACGUUUUGAACCUCAGAUGCAGCUAAAAUUAUUGUUGCCUUUUCUGUCGAUUAGUUACAAGUGCAUAGGAAAAUCAUCAGCUGAGUUGUGCCUUUCAAGAGCUAACAACUUCGUGAAGUCAAUCAUUUCUUUGUUAAAGAGAUGUGGAAAAUCUGAACUUGGGGAUGAUGGCAUUAGCCACUUUCAAACAAUAUGCAGAGCUUGUCUAAAUGCAACUGCUAGUCUAACUAAUGACUGCAUCCAGAGAAUUCAACAAUUGGAAUACAAGAGUUCUAACUCAUGCAAGAUGUUGCACACAAAGCUUGCAUUUUCUGUUGAACAAAUUUUCCAGUUUGCCAUGCUAGCAUUUGAAGGUCCUGGAGAGGACGCAGGAAGCAAUCCCAUCUUAUUUGCAGUUCUGCAUCAUGGCAUUCAAUGUGUCCGAGCUGUUCUUACUGAUUCUGACAUACAGAUUCGAGCAAUUGGGUUACAAGUCGUAAAAGUCAUUCUACAGAAAGGAAGCAGUGCAGAAUCUAAUAAUUUUUCGAUUUUUUUUGUUGGGGAGCUUGUUGGAGAUUUGUUUAUUAUAAUUCAGAAAAUUUUGGAGAAACCUAUCAACAGAGAAGCAGUGACUAUUGCAGUGGAGUGUCUGAAAAUUCUAAUGCUUCUCCAAACUCUUUCAAAAGCUAAUGAGUACCGGAAAGAACUUGUAAAUCUGCUUUUGGAAGCUGUUCUCAUGAUUACAUCAGAUGGUUCUCUUUCUCAGGAAGCAAAUGAAUUACGAAGUGCGGCUGUAAAACUUGUUUCUCAACUUGCUCAAAUUCCUAGCUCGGCAGCUUAUAUCAAGGAUAUUCUAUUGGCAAUGCCUGCUAUAAGAAGACAGCAGCUUCAGGUUCUUUUAUUCUUUGCCAUUAUUGACAGAACAUUGAAACAAUUGAAUUAGUAGGCAAAUGUACUCGUUUCCAGCAUAUUUCUUGUUAAAUCCUGGUAUACUCACCAUUAAUUUGUCAUUUUUUUUUUUUUCAAUUAUUUGAAAAAACUCUUGAUGCUAUAUGCGGAAUACUUGAUUUUUGAAAUGAACCAAUGUUUUAGUGAGAUUUGAUUAACAUCAGUGCUUAACUCGAGCUUCAAGAAAUUUCUUUCUAUACGAUAAUAUCACAUUAUGCAUAACAAAGGGAAGAGAAUCUCAGGGUACAUGUAAUUCUAGACUUCUUGCUAUUUUUCCCUUUUUUCUUGUG